AUGCAGAACAUAGUUCGCAAACUGGUGGCAGUGGCACACCACCCUCAUCGCCACCGUAUCUUCCACACUGGCGGCGUUCACAGCGUCUUCUCCUCUGCUCUCAAAUCUUCACAAUGGAUCCACAACAUUCUCCCUAAUUCCCUCCUCAUCACUCACCCACUUCAUCAUUUCACUCAUUCCACCACUUCACCCUCUCUGAGAUCAUGGCUCCCCGGGCUAACACCUAAUGACAUGGUUUUGGCCUUGAUUAUAACUAAUACUGCAGCUGACUCAAUUAUUUGCUGUAAACAGAUCUCUUUGGACAAUUUUAACAGUGGACAUUUGCACACUUUGAUUACCAAUGCAUUCAGUCACAGAAACACCUUUCAUAUAUUUUCCAACAUGAUUGGACUCUACUUCUUUGGAAGGAACGACUGGAGAGCUAUGAUUGCGUCAAAGGAAUUAGCAUUGGGGGCAAGUGGAGCUGUGAAUGCAGUUAUGCUGCUUGACAUAUUUCUCUUUCCAAAAGCAACCCUUUACCUUAACUUUUUUGUACCAGUUCCUGCGGUCUUGCUGGGUAUCUUUUUGAUUGGGAAAGAUAUGCUGAGGAUACUUGAGGGAAACAGUCAAAUAUCAGCAUCUGCACACUUGGGGGGUGCUGCUGUUGCAGCCAUAGCUUGGGCAGGUGUUCGGAAAGGAAGAUUCUAAAUCCUUUUUCAUACCCUGCAAAUGUGUGUUUAUUACUGUUCAAUAAGUUUAUCUUAGGUAUCCUAUUGAAGAGUGAAGACAUUGGUUCAGCAGCCGCGCAUAGGACAAGUUACUGUUUUUCUUUUCAGAUUUGAAUGAUAUAUUAUUGUUAACCCCUUUAGUCUUCCAAAAUGAAAAAAGAGAAUGCCAGCCACUUUAUCAUCCAUUAGAGAAAUAUGUUAAUCCCGCUCAAUAUUUUACAGAAGUAUAAUACUAGA